AUGUAUUAUGCCAAUUAUAAAAGGCUAAAAAAUCAUUUCACCUCGAUGAGUCUAUUCUUAACACAAACUGACAUUUCAUUGAUAGUUUUAAUGGCAAGAACUUUACCUACAGAAAGGACGCCAGAAGAAGAGGUACACAUUACACGACCAAGCUGGUCCAAACCAGAAGUUAAACGUCUGGGCAAAGACGAUUUCUUCAAGGAGAAUAUUAAAUUUCGAUGGGUGGGAAGAAAUUGUCUUCUUGGGAUUGAUAAUCAAGGCCAUUGUUGUACGUAUCUUUCAGUUUCUUUUUUGUAUAGUAUUACUAGUUUCAAAUAUGAACUCAUAAUAACAAAUAGUUCCUCUUCAUCUGAAGGUUGUUGUUGGGCAUUCACAUCAACAGAAGCUAUUACGGCAGCAUAUGCCCUUAAGAAUAAAAGAGAGAUUGUUUCGCUCUCAAAACAACAGUUGAUUGAUUGCAUGUACACUAAAUAUAAAAAGCCUUCGUAUUUUGCUAAUUUGGGAGAGAAGGAAUGUUUUCCAUGUUCAUAUAACAAGGCAUACAAGUUUGCUAUGGAUUAUGGUAUAACGGUAGAAACUAAAUACCCCUUUAUGGAGGAGAGGGGUAAAUGUGAAUGCCACACUGAAUUGGUAAGUACAUCAUCGUCCAAUUUAUCAGUAGUAAUUAGAACGUACUCACGAUAUUUAAGCUUUAUUAUAUUUAUGUAG